AUGGUCAUCGAUUCGGGCCGAGAGUCAGUGGCUUAUCACAUCCCGGCGCCUACGCAGGAUCAGCCCAAGACCAAGCCGUUGCCCGUGACCUUGCUCUCGGGGUUCCUGGGAAGUGGAAAGACCACUCUUCUGAAACACAUUCUCAAGUCGCCCGAUCAUGGCCUGCGCGUUGCUGUCAUUGUCAAUGACAUGAGUCAGCUCAAUAUUGAUGCUGCCCUUAUCAAGAACCACAAGGUCUCCCAAACGACAGAGAAGAUCAUCCAGCUGCAGAACGGCUGUAUCUGUUGUACCCUUCGUGGGGACCUACUCUCCGAAUUAGCACAUCUCACAAAGCAAAACGAAAUCCAGUAUGUCAUAAUCGAGAGCACAGGCAUUAGUGAGCCGAUGCAGGUUGCCGAAACAUUUACCGCGGAGUUCAGCGCCGCCAUGCUAGAGGCGGAGGAUCAAAUUGCAGACGCUGAUGAGGACACAAAAAGGGUCUUGAAAGAGAUCGUUGAAAUGGGUGGCCUUCACACAAUGGCUCGCCUCGACACCACAGUGACAGUGAUCGAUGCUUUCAACCUCCUCUCCAACUUUGACACCACAGAGUUUCUCUCUGACCGAUAUGGACAAGACGAGAUCGUGCCUGAGGAUGAGCGCACGAUCUCUGAUCUCAUGGUCGACCAGAUUGAGUUUGCCGAUGUGCUCAUCAUCAACAAGAUUGAAUCUAUUGAUCACGCAACAAGGGACAAAAUCUCGCAAUUAGUCAAGCUGCUCAAUCCAGACGCUAAGGUCCUCAUGUCCAGCUAUUCUCAGGUCGACGUACGUGAGAUUGUUGCAACGAACAGAUUUGAUUUCGUACGUGCUGCCUCAGGCGCGGGGUGGUUGCGCAGCUUGCACGAGAUGACGGUUCGGCAGACGGGUAACGGAGAGCGUAUAGCUCCCAAGCCAGAGACUCUCGAGUACGGAAUUAACAACUUCGUUUAUUCCGCUCGGCGCCCCUUCCACCCACGUCGUCUCUUCUCUCUCCUCCACGACAAGUUCAUUCUUCUUCAGAACAAUGAAGUGGAUGAAGAGGAGGGAGACGACAGUAUGGAGGAAGACGAUGAUGAUCAAGACGAUGAGAUGGACACCGAGGCCGACUCCGUGCAGGACUUCGACCAGCCAGAUCCCGAGGAUAUUCUAAAAAACAAGCGACAACACCCUGCUUUCGGGCCUGUGCUGCGUUCCAAGGGCUUCUUCUGGUUAUCCACUCGGUCAUUCCAGUUCGGUGAGUGGAGCCAAGCGGGCGGUAUGUUGACAGUUGGCUGUGGGGGCCCUUGGUUCUCCGAGGUACCCGAGGAGGCCUGGCCGGAAGACGAAGAUGUCAUCAAGUCAAUUCAUAAUGACUUCCAAGGCCUCUGGGGAGACCGGCGCCAGGAAUUAGUGUUCAUUGGCGAGGGAAUUGACCAAGCUGCCAUCUCUGCCAUUCUGGAUGAGUGUCUGCUGGAUGAUGAGGACAUGGAGCAGUGGGAGAAAGUCAUGAAGAGCAAGAAGCUCAGCCGAGAGGCUAAAACGAAAAAGCUUGCCAGUAUCUGGGAAGACGGGUGGGAGGAAUGGCCUGCCUUUGAGAUCGAGGGUGAGAAGGAGCUGGGCACGCACCGCAUCAGCGAGUAUUUGGGCCAUCAAAAUGACCAUAGGAAGGGUCAUAAGCACAGUCAUCGCUAG